GACAAAGAUUUUUAGUUUAAAUGAUUGGUAUCGUGUCUGUCAUUUUUAUGAUACCCGCAUUAUUUAGCAUGGAAUUUUAAAGACAGGGUACACAGUUAUGAGAAGCAGCCCUAAACUAGAACAAAUAUUUCCUUAUUCUCAGUCCAAUGCUCUUUACUAUAUAAGAGGCAAUAAGGGAAAAGAAUGCGGGCUGGGUUCAAAUUCGUCUUCCUUUCCCAUUUACUAGCUAUGGUCCCAUUCUGUUCCUCAGUCCUCUUAUCUGUAAAAUGGACAUAAUACUAACCUCUACCUCUUAGGGUUGCUUUGAAAAAUUCAAUGAAUUUAUACAUGUAAUUCCCAGAAUCAGUAAACACCCAAAAAAUGUUUUUCUUUGUUCUCUACACCAAAUUUUCAGUACAUGUAUUGAACUGUUCACAAAAGAAAGCUAAAGACUUUUUAUGUGUAAACAGUGAGCCUCCAGCCUAUGUCUGAUUUUUUUUUUAAUUUUAAUUUUUUUUUUUGAGACGGAGUUUCGCUCUUGUUGCCCAGGCUGGAGUGCAAUGGCGCGAUCUCGGCUCACCGCAAUCUCCGCCUCCCGGGUUCAAGCGAUUCUCCUGUCUCAGCCUCCCGAGUAGCUGGGAUUACAGGCGUGCACCACCACGCCCGGCUAAUUUUGUAUUUUUAGUAGAGACGGCGUUUCUCCACGUUGGUCAGGCUGGUCUCGAGCUCCCGACCUCAGGUAAUCUGCCCGCCUCAGCCUCCCAAAGUGUUGGGAUUACAGGCGUGAGCCACCGCGCCCGGCCUGUCUGUCUGGUUUUAUACUAGCUGUGUACAGUGGUGAGGGUACAGCAGCCUAGGACCACAGAGUGAGGGUCCAAAAGUAGCCGGAAAAAGAGCCACGCUGCAAGGUGGAAAAAUAUCAGCAGUUGGCAACCCGCCCCGCAGCCCGCUCUCCUCCCCCUUCCUCCCCGGCUCACUCUGCUCCGGGCGGAGUUGCUGAUAGACGUCUGUCUUAGCCACCCCAACCUCGCGUUUUUCUCAGCGCUCCGCCCUCCCAGACACGAUAGGUAGUGGGCCUCGGCUAAUGGCGACACCCUAUCAUAAGAGCGGUAGCCAGUCAGUAGCCAGGAGUCCGGAAAGGGGCGAGGCCGAUCUAGGAGCCGCUGGCGCCACUAGAGGAGGGCGAGCGGCGGGGCAGAGAGAGGCGCAGCGCAGCUCCUGAGGUUUUGGUUAUGAACAGGAUUCGGAUUCACGUCUUGCCAACCAAUCGGGGGAGGAUCACUCCAGUGCCCAGGUCUCAGGAACCUCUGUCUUGUGCAUUCACUCAUCGUCCAUGCUCUCAGCCUCGUCUGGAGGGGCAGGAGUUUUGCAUUAAGCAUAUCCUUGAAGACAAGAAUGCACCCUUCAAGCAGUGUAGUUAUAUAUCGACGAAGAAUGGAAAAAGAUGUCCCAAUGCUGCCCCAAAGCCAGAGAAGAAAGAUGGGGUGUCCUUCUGUGCUGAACAUGUCCGUAGGAAUGCCCUGGCACUUCAUGCUCAAAUGAAGAAGACCAACCCAGGGCCUAUGGGUGAAACACUCCUGUGCCAGCUGAGCUCAUAUGCUAAGACAGAGCUGGGGUCUCAGACUCCAGAAAGUAGUCGCAGUGAAGCCAGCCGAAUACUAGAUGAAGACAGCUGGAGUGAUGGGGAGCAGGAACCCAUUACUGUGGAUCAGACAUGGAGAGGUGACCCUGACAGUGAAGCUGAUAGCAUAGACAGUGAUCAAGAAGAUCCCCUAAAACAUGCUGGUGUCUACACAGCAGAAGAAGUGGCCCUGAUUAUGCGUGAAAAGCUAAUUCGUUUGCAGUCUUUGUAUAUUGAUCAGUUUAAACGACUUCAGCAUCUGCUCAAGGAGAAGAAGCGCCGGUACUUACAUAAUCGCAAAGUGGAACAUGAAGCUCUAGGCAAUAGUCUCCUGACUGGCCCAGAGGGACUUUUGGCCAAAGAACGAGAGAACUUAAAGCGAUUAAAAUGUCUGCGUCGAUACCGCCAGCGCUAUGGAGUGGAAGCCUUACUGCAUAGGCAGUUGAAGGAACGGAGAAUGCUGGCCACAGAUGGUGCUGCCCAACAGGCCCAUACCACUCGUUCCAGUCAGAGGUGCUUGGCCUUUGUGGAUGAUGUUCGUUGUUCCAAUCAGUCUCUUCCAAUGACCAGACACUGCCUUACCCAUAUUUGUCAGGAUACGAAUCAGGUUCUCUUCAAGUGCUGCCAGGGAUCUGAAGAGGUACCCUGCAACAAACCUGUUCCUGUAAGCCUCUCUGAGGAUCCCUGCUGCCCACUGCAUUUCCAGUUGCCUCCUCAGAUGUAUAAGCCCGAGCAGGUACUGUCUGUGCCAGACGAUCUGGAAGCCGGCCCCAUGGAUCUGUACUUGAGUGCUGCUGAGCUUCAGCCCACUGAGAGUUUACCUCUGGAGUUCAGUGAUGACUUGGAUGUUGUGGGUGAUGGUAUGCAGUGUCCUCCUUCACCUUUGCUUUUUGAUCCUUCACUAACCCUUGAAGAUCAUUUAGUCAAAGAAAUUGCUGAAGACCCAGUGGAUAUUUUGGGCCAGAUGCAGAUGGCUGGAGAUGGGUGCAGAUCCCAGGGAUCUCGAAAUUCUGAGAAAGGCUCUGCACCAUUGUCUCAGAGUGGAUUGGCUACUGCAAAUGGGAAGCCAGAACCCACUUCUAUUAGUUGAUAGUUUGUUUGGGGAACCAUUUUACUUUGGUGGAUUUAAAUUUCUCGUUCUUCAAAGAAGUAUUUCUGAUCAUCUCUCACAAAACACAGGCAACCCAGACUACCUUGUUUUUCUUCUGGAUUGAGUAUUAUAGUCAAACGUAAAGCCAAAUUUUGAGGACAUGGACCGUGGGUUUCUUCCCACUCAGGGCAAGGAAGAGAAAGAGAGAUAAUCCCUAUCAAAGCUUCUGGGAUUAUUUGGGAGUAUACCUAAAAGGAAAGUGACAUCUUUGUAAUGAGAUUUCCCAAGUCAUGGAUAGAAAUCCACCUAAGUAGCUAGGUGGGAGCUGUCUUUGUGAGUGGUGUCUUUGAGAUACUGACAGCCGUAAUAUUGGUUAUCUCUAUCUAAAGACCUGCAGUUUAGCUUUUCUUCACCUCUACUUAUUGGGCAAUCUUUAACCCCUUUCCCUGGUGAACUCUGGCUUUUAUCCUCUGAGAAAACAGCCCACAGGACUGGGUCCUCGUUAUCCAUCUUGCUUUUAACCUAUGUAAAUUUCUGUGGUUGCUAUCUUAUGUAAAAUAUAGUAAAAAUUUAUUGUAUAUAGUUUCUAUUAAAUGUUAAAGAAAAUGUUGUGAAAAUAUCAAA